AUGCCGGAAGGACCAUCUGUGAGGAAAUUUCACCAUUUGGUCUCCCCUUUUGUGGGGAAGCAAGUGAUCAAGACAGGAGGUAGCAGUAAGAAGCUAAACCCUGCCAGCCUGCAGUCCCUGUGGCUCCAGGACACCCAGGUCCAUGGAAAGAAGUUAUUCCUUAGAUUUGAUCCAGAUGAAGAAAUGAGGCCUGAUGGGAAAAAUCCAUUAUUUGAGUCUGUUAAAAAAGGAGAUGGAGAGGAAGAUACUGCAGAUCAAGCACAGAUCUUGGGUCCCAAAGGACCAGAAAUCUCUGAUCAGUCCUCCAUGUCCAAAGAUCUUACUUCCUUUGAAGAAGAGAAUUCACGUUAUUUGAGGGAAGACACGCAUGCAGGAUAUAUGGAACGGUGGCUCCAUGUCCACUUUGGUUUGUUUGGCAGCAUUUGGGUGAAUGAAUUCUCCAGAGCCAAGAAAGCGAACAAGAGGGGAGACUGGAGGGAUCCUGUCCCAAGAUUGGUUCUACACUUUGAUGGUGGUAAUUUCCUGGCGUUUUACAAUUGUCAGAUGUCUUGGAGCUCUUCGCCAGUGGUAAAACCCAGUUCCGACAUCUUGUCUGAGAAGUUUCAUCGAGGACAAGCCUUGGAAGCUCUGGGCCAGGCUCAGCCUGUCUGCUAUACACUACUGGACCAAAGACACUUUGCAGGAUUAGGAAACAUCAUUAAGAAUGAAGCCUUGUACAGAGCAGGAAUCCAUCCUCUUUUUCCUGGUUCUCUCUUAAGUUCUUCGAGUCUUGAAUCUCUCGUGGAUCAUGUGUUGGAGUUCAGUACCAGCUGGCUGCAGGGGAAGUUCCAGGGCAAACAGCAGCACACUCAGGUCUACCAGAAGGAGCAGUGCCCUCUUGGGCACCAGGUCAUGAAGGACAUGUUUGAGUCUCCCGGUGGGUUCCAGAGACUAACCUGGUGGUGCCCACAGUGCCAACCAAGGGUGCCAACCAAGGAGCCAGAGCAGAUCCAGCUCUGA